UUUUUUUUUUUUUUUUUUUUUUAAUAAAACAUUUCGACAUUUCUUCAAAAAGAUAUAACGGUGCAUUAGCAUACUAGAGAGGGACCAAAACCAAGAAGAUAGAAAGGAUGCGAUGAUCGUACAGAUUUAAGAGUGGAGCCGAAGCCGAAGCCGAAACCGAAGUCGAAGUCAAAGUCGAAGUCGAAGUCAAAGUCGAAGUCGAAUUGAUUGAUUAAUUAAUUAAUUGAUUGAUCGAUCGAUCGAUCGUACAUUAAUUAAGAUGAACGGAAACGGAAAGAUGAACGAUAGCAAUAAUAGCAGUAUUAACAAUAAUAAUUGGUGCCGCCAGCUGACAUUGAUUAUCACGAUUUUUUUAUUGCUAUCCGUUGCAGUAGCUGAAAAGCAAAAACGUCAAAUCUUUAGGGAACAAGUAUUGCCAGCUCUUGGUGGGAAAAUACCAGAGGAAGCUUUUAGAACCGAUCGUUUGGCGCUAAAUCGCUUGAAUAAGGAAGGCAUUACAAUACCGGAUGGUGUUGUACUAGACGCGAGACAGGUUCAUAAACAUCCACAUACUUCCCAGCAUAUGCCUAAGAUCAUUAAAGUAUACUUAACGCCUGAUGGUAGAUACGUACCACCCGAAGGUCGGACUCAUUAUGAUCAUCCGAAAGCCGUCGACACAACUUACAUAAUUCGAACGCCUUUCGGAAGACCCGAGAAACCAAUGAAUAACUUUGGAAAUUACAAGCAUCAUCGAAUGCAUAACAAACAGCAACCUUAUCCUAAUUACAGACAACAGCUUGUACCAUUGAUUCCACCUACCAAACCUGGUGUUUAUAAGCCAAUAGUAACGCCAUUGAUGUUACCAGCGAAUCCUAAUUUCUUUGAACGAACGUAUUUGCCUACCUUGGAUCUCGAAUACGAUUGGGAUACCGUUUAUCGACCUUUCAAUGAAUAUUACGUCGACAACAUAUUGUUUAAUUCUCAUCAGAUUCUCACGGAUUAUCAAGGAUUUCUCGACGAAUUUCACGGAAGAUCGUUAAGACACGUUGUUGGCAAAUCUAACGAGAGAAACAAUUACGAUAAUGGCGCAGAUCGGCACAGAUACAAUUCGAACAAAAUUAUUCGAACGAAUGUUCGUUCUAAUGGUUAUCGCGAUAACAAGUACAAUAAUAAUAUCACAUCAAAUAUUAGUUACACGAAUCUCACGAUAAUUCCAGAGACUGAAUUUUCUUGCCGUGGAAGGAAGGGUAUGUUCGCUGACGUAGAAACCAAGUGUCAAGUAAGUUCACUGAAUGUAUUAAACGCUUUUACUUUUAAUCUUAACGUGCAGAUAUUCAAUAAUUACAACUUUACGCUGGUACUCGUGACGAGUUGGCCGGUUAACUUCCGAGGUUAUCUUCACACGACACGUUUUGUCUUUCAUAAUUGUUCUGGUUGGUCGAGAACGUCUUCUCUUUGUCCACGUGGUACGGCUUUCAGCAAGGAUAAAAAUCGAUGCGAAUGGUGGAACACCGUCCAAUGCAGAGAAUGAUAAGUUAACUAAAAAUAACAAGUGUAUUUGAAGUCGAUUGAUCAUCGGACUCUAAACGACACAUGAACUUUAACCAUUGAGUAUUUUUCAUUCAACUGAAGAUUUUUUAUAACAUCUUUAGUUAUAUAAAAAAAAAAAAAAAAACAUCAUGAAAAUUUAAUUUUUAACAAUCCUCAUUAAUUUAAAUGUUCAUGAAACAUUUCAAUGUGUUGGAUUAAUAAGAUACACGGUUAUUCAAAUGUAAUCACACGUAAUUGAUCCAAUCGCUAAUAUGAAAAAAAAGAGGCGAAUCUCAAUAUGAAAAAAACCCAAUAAGAAAAAAACUCAAUAAGAAAAAUGAAUACAGUGUCGAUCUCCAAGAACAAUACUGUGCUUAUGAUUAUGUAAGCAAGAUAACUACAAACGUGAUAUCCGUAGUAAAAAAUUAUUCAGCCAUAACGUCGUAAGAUACAGUGUUCGAAUUAAGAUCUGCGUAAAUCUAAGAAAUUUUGUACAAGUUAUUUUUUAUAGUAAAAUGUUAA